GUUCUGACAUAACAACACAUAACGCGUGUAUAAUGCGCGGGUUGAAUGACAUCUUCCACGUAUCGUUGUAUGUACACAUUGACCUCCUGUAAACAUCAAAUUUGCUUUAUUUCGCCUGCUCGUGAAGAGGAAUUUGAAUGUAGCAGCUAUGGGAUUAAAGACAAAUAAGACCACAAAAACGUCGGCACUUUACUGUCAGUAUGUCGGCUCUUUCCUUGUUAAAAAAAGAGACCAGCAAAUGUCUAUUACGGACCAGAAGGAAUUUGUAGAUGAAAAAUUGCGAAACUGCUCUAAGAAAUUGUUGGAUGGCAUGCCCGUUUGUCUUCAGGUUUCCCCAAAUGGAAUUGAGGUGUUAUCUUUAGACGAAAAGACUAUCAAAAUGGCUCACACACUCAGGCGCAUUUCUUAUUCAACGGUGGAACAUACUAGCAAACUUUUUGCUUAUGUCAGCCAUCAACCAGGAGAAGAAAUGGAGGUUGUUUGUCACACCUUUGUUACCAAGAAAAAGAAUCACGCUGAAGGGUUAAGUGCUGCCUUAGGCAAACUGUUCAAGGAGGCAUUUGCAUAUACUCUAAGAAGGCGUGACAAGUUGGAAGAGGCUGCUCAGAAACGAGGGCAAGGUAGACGCUGGGCAAAACAUCAGAUUGCCGAGGGUCACAUUAUUACGAACAACAAUCAAAGAAACUCCCACGCAAGAUCUGUAGUUGAGUUAAGAGAACAGAAUAAAAUAGAUACGCUAAACGCUGCGCAUUUGCAAGUAGCAAAUCAACCAAUUGGUUCUAUUGUAAGCCAUGCUGACGUCAGGCAGCCAACACCUGCAGGGAAUGCAAGACAUUCCUUAGAAUGGACUUCAAGUAACGAUUUAUCGACGAUCGAAGGCAUCGAUCAGCAUUCAGAUAAUGUAUCCCAAAAGAGUUUUUUAACGGAGGAUGCAUUUCUUACCGAAAUUUCAACUGAUGCAACUUCUGUACAGCAAAUGCACAGCUGGCAAACUCAAGAAAUUUGUAAUGAAACAGAGGUGAGCCAUAAGGGGAUUCUCCCCGAAAAAAGUCCAAGCUCGUCUUCCACAGAUUUAUGUAUUACAUCGAGAGCCGUUGAUAAAUCGACAAUUUUACCACCUAUGAAUACAAUGUCUAGCCCAGCGAUUCCUGAUGAAAAUGGAAAGGUCAAGCCUCGGAGAAGGCCUCCGCCUAAAAUACCUUCAAGGUCACAUUCUAUUGAUGACACGGCAAAGGUAGACCUUUUAGAGAAUGCAGCAGAACGACCUCGACGAAGGACACCUCCAAAAGCACCACGAAGAUUUUCUUCACCAGAUAAUUCAUGUCGAACAGGAAAUAUGGUGAAUCAUAAUGUUAACAUUUUUCACUUGGAGCAGGAAUUUGUAAAACCCUCAGCUCCACCAGCCGAAAAUACUUUCACAUUUGAUGAUGAAAGAAGUAUUCAUGGAAAUAGGUGUCCUCCACCAAUACCAAAGAGACGUACGUCGGAUUCUAACAUUGGCUUAGCAAGAAGCUUUAUUGGUAAUGAAGACGCGCCUCCUCCUUUACCUAAUCGGUCCAGAUUUUCUUCUUCUACUGGAAUGACUGAAGGAAAAACAGCACAGAACAUAGAUGAGAAGGUACAAACAGUUGCAAAUGAGCCAACAGUUUCUCUUGCGUUGGAAGAUGAACAUUGGUAUAUUCCUGGUGUAUCACGCGAUAUCGUCAUGGAAAUGCUGCAAACCUCAGACACUGGAACUUUUUUUGUUCGCGACAGUCAAAGUUAUAAAGGUUGCUAUGCUUUAACCAUGAAGGUUGCGAUAAGUGAAAUUAAUCCUACUGGAUUUGGAAAUUACUUGAUAAAGUCUGAAGAAGGUGGAUUGAAGCUGCAGGGUUUCGAUAAGAGUUUUUCUGACGUUUCUUCCCUAAUUCAUCAUUACGCUUUGUACGAUGAUGGCCUACCCUGUCGAUUAGUUCUUGCUGGAUCUAACCCUUUAUUUCAUGACGCCAAUGAAUAUUUGGAAGAAUUUAUGGAAGAAGAGGAAAACAAUUAUGGGACUCUAUCCAAUUGUAUUUCAAUCGUAAAAAUGGAUGAUCCUUGGUGAAGUUUAGUCCUCGUACGGUCAAUCGAUUUUGCUAAUAGCUUAAUAUAAUGAUGCUUUAUCUUAUUAUGAAGAGUUAAUACAUACUUCUAUUUAAAUUUCUUUUCAAUUUUGAGCUUUUGGACGCUCUCUCUUGUACACGAAAUUCAGCCCAGGUGAUUUAAAAUUAAUUUAUUUGAAAAAUAAACGAUGGUUAAUUUA